ACGAGCCAGAACCUGUUGCGCUCUUCAGCUGUUUUUCAUUCCUAUUUCUGUUGAUUUCGCGAACAGUUUAUAAUUUUAAUUUUAAAUAAACUUAAGUUAAAAAUGCUUUGUCGGCUAAUAGGACAUAGCAACCUUUGUGCCCGUUAUACGGCUUCAAUUAAGGCCAUUGCGUGCUACUCCACGUCGGGAAAACAGCGAAAUGGCAAGAUCUACGAGUCGGCCAUUGAUGCAGUAUCCGAUGUCCAGGAUGGCGCCAAAAUCCUCUUCGGAGGAUUCGGAAUCUGCGGCAUUCCGGAGAAGAUGAUCGCCGCCCUGAAGCAGAAGGGAGUCAAGAAUAUCACUGGCGUUUCCAAUAAUGGAGGCGUGGACGACACCGGUCUGGGCGUGUUGAUCAAGCAGAAGCAGGUUGCCAAGGUGAUUGGCUCGUAUGUGGGUGAGAACACGGAGCUGGUGCGUCAAUAUCUGGAAGGAGAACUGGCGGUGGAGCUGACGCCACAGGGAACCCUGGCGGAGAAGAUCCGUGCCGGAGGAGCCGGAAUUCCAGCCUUCUACACGCCCACCGGCUAUGCCACUCUUGUCCAGGAAGGCGGUGCACCCAUUAAGUACACCAAGGAUGGCAAAGUGGAGAUUGCCAGCGAAAAGAAACCGGUGAAGGAGUUCAAUGGACAGAACUAUGUGAUGGAGGAGUCCAUCUUUGCGGACUUUGCCUUUGUGAAGGCUCAAAAGGCUGAUCCUUUGGGCAAUUUAGUGUUCAAUAAGGCGGCCAGGAACUUUAAUGCUCCAAUGUGCAGGGCAGCCAAGAUCACAGUGGCCGAAGUGGAGGAAAUAGUGCCCAUUGGAGCACUCAACCCCGAUGAGAUUCAUGUUCCCGGCAUUUAUGUAAAGCGCAUUUUCAAGGGCACCGAUUACAAUAAGCGUGUGGAGCGUUUGAGGAUCACGGAGCCCAAGGAUCCCAGCAAACCCAGUCCGCCUCCUAGUCCUGCCCAGGCUCUAAGGGAGCGUAUUGCCCGCCGUGUGGCUCUGGAGUUCCGUGAUGGCAUGUACGCCAAUCUGGGCAUUGGCAUUCCCGUCCUCUCCUCCAACUACAUCCCGCAGGGCAUGAGUGUGAUGCUGCAGUCGGAGAACGGAAUCCUCGGACUGGGUCCCUUCCCCACCAAGGACCAAGUGGAUCCGGAUUUGAUCAAUGCGGGCAAGGAGAGUGUCACCGUUGUGCCGGGCGCCUCGUACUUUGGCUCCGACGACAGCUUCGCCAUGAUCCGUGGCGGCCAUGUGGAUAUCACGAUUUUGGGAGCCAUGGAGGUGUCGGCCACUGGCGAUCUGGCCAACUGGAUGAUUCCUGGCAAACUCGUAAAAGGAAUGGGAGGAGCCAUGGAUUUGGUUGCUGCACCUGGUACCAAGGUAAUCAUCACCAUGGAGCACAAUGCCCGCGAUGGUUCCCCCAAGAUUUUGGAUACCUGCUCGCUGCCACUCACCGGCAAGGGUGUGAUCGAUCUGAUCAUCUCCGAAAAGGCCGUGUUCGAGGUGGAAAAGGGAGUGGGCCUAACUUUGAUUGAGGUGGCCGAGGGCUUUACCGUGGACGACAUCAUUGCCAGCACUGGAGCCAAGUUCACAGUUUCCCCGAAUGUCAAGACAAUGGGUCAAAUUCCAGUUUGAUGAACUACAUGCAAUGCGGAUUGCCGAAAGAAGCUGCUGAUGCAAUACCUCCACUUGAGUGAUAAACGAGUGCAUUUAUUUUUUGUUGUUCGUGUGACAAAAACAUUUCUGUUGUUAAAAUAUACAUUGACCGUGUCGAAACUAA